UCUUUCUCUUUGCAUUCACAUUCGCAUUCGCAUACGUAUAUAGCAGCAGAUAUUAUAUGCUGCUCUUGGCUCGCAGUUGCCUUUGCUGCUGCUCCCCGCAAGUCCCCGCGCAUCUCUCGCGCGGUGUUAUUUACCUUUAGCAGCCUAUAACAACAAGCUGUCCGGCCGCAAGGACCCAGUCCCUCCGUAUAUAUAUAUACUGUAGCUGCGUUUGUAGAUGUGUUGGCUUACGCACACCAGACUCGAGCGCUUACACGAACAACAAUCAAAUGCAGUCGGUGGCGGUGGCGGCGGCGGCGAGUCCGAACGCCGAGGCUCCGAGAGCUCUUGCAAUGUACAGUGCGCUGGCAUCCCCCUCCGGUACAUUGUCCAUCUCUCUCUGACUCGCGCGCGCCUCGCUCGUCCUCCAUAUUUUCUUCGUAUAGCCAGCUUAUUCGCUCGCAGCAACCGCGGCUAUAGUCCGUGUAGUGCACGAACCUUUCACACCGUCUAGUUAUGUUUUAGAUCGUAGGCAGCAGUUUUCUAUCCGCGAAUUAGUCUCCUUUUUUGUUUUUCUGCGCCUUUUUUCGCGCCUCAUCCUAUCUUCGACUUGCUGCACAGGUUGAGAUAAGUGCGUGCGUGUAAGAUCGGCUUGUGCAUUUUGCAUACGUUGUUCAGUGCAGUGGAAAAAAUAACGAGGCGCUAUUGUAAUGUGGGCAAAAGCGACAAAGAUCUAAAGACAGCGCGAAGAAAGAGAGAGAGAGAGAGAGAAAAAAGGAGCAAGACAGUGCGAAGAGGAGAGGUAAAGCGGAUUUGCCUCUGUGUGAUGUGCCUUGUUAAUUCGUCCUACACUACGACGAAUUUUUGUUUAUCACUGGAACUUGCACCGACUCCUCGUAAAAGAUGACGAAUCUAUCCAAGGUCAUGAUUUUAUUACUUCUGCUGGGCCUUGUUCUCGGGCCCAGUAUAGCCCUACACAAUAAGGAUCCACUAGCACCUCAUGGAAAAUGCGAAAGAAUUACCAUCAACCUUUGCAUGGAUAUGCCUUAUAAUGAAACUAUAUUACCCAAUUUGUUGAAUCAUCAAAAACAAGAGGACGCUGGGCCAGAAGUCCACCAAUUUGCACCCCUUGUCAAACUUAAAUGCAGUCCAGAUAUUAAAUUUUUCCUUUGUGCCAUGUAUGCACCUGUUUGUACUAUCCUUGAUAAAGCUCUGCCACCCUGUAGAUCUCUUUGUGAAAGUGCCAGGAAAGGUUGCGAAGAUCUUAUGAGAAACUUUGGCUUUAGCUGGCCUGAAACCAUGGAAUGUUCAAAGUUUCCAGAAAAUGGUGGCCCAGUACUUUGUGUUGGGAAAAAUGAAUCUACCCCCACAGAGAUGCCACCUCAAGAAGAUGUUAGAUUGCUGCCUGAAUUUCAUCCUUCUUGGGCUGCUAAUAUUCCUAAACCAUUCUCAAAUAAUGGUCUUGUAUCAUUGUUCCCUGGUGUCAGAGACCUAGGAUUUGUUUGUCCAGUACAAUUUAAAGUUCCACAUGGUUUGGGAUAUUCUCUUAAAGUUGGAGAUAAAGUUGAAGCUAAUUGUGGAGCACCAUGUGAUGGAAUGUUCUUCUCUGAAAAAGAGCGCAGAUUUUCAAGAAUAUGGAUUGGUACAUGGGCUGUACUUUGUGCUGGAUCCUGUUUCUUCACAUUUUUAACAUUCCUCAUUGAUACAGACAGGUUUAGGUAUCCAGAAAGGCCAAUUAUAUUUUUGUCAGUGUGUUACUUAAUGGUAGCAUUGACUUAUGUAGUUGGUUGGGCAGCCGGAAAUUCUAUAUCUUGUAGGGAUCCUUUUCCUCCUCCCCAAGAUGUAAGGGUCCAGAUGGCAUCAACUAUAACGCAAGGAACUAAACAUGAACUUUGCACCAUAUUGUUUAUGGUUCUAUAUUUCUUUGGAAUGGCAUCAAACAUUUGGUGGGUUGUUUUGACCCUUACCUGGUUUUUGGCAGCUGGCCUAAAAUGGGGACAUGAAGCUAUAGAAGCUCAUUCGCAAUAUUUCCACUUAGCUGCAUGGGCCGCUCCUGCUAUUAAAACUAUAACAAUUCUUGCUAUGGGAAAAGUUGAAGGUGAUAUUCUCUCUGGUGUUUGCUAUGUUGGUCUGUGGAAUGUUGACGCAAUGCGUGGUUUUGUUCUGGCCCCUUUGACCAUAUACCUUGGUCUUGGUACAGCUUUUCUUUUUGCUGGGUUUGUUUCACUUUUUCGCAUUCGCACUGUCAUGAAGCACGAUGGUACCAAGACUGACAAACUUGAAAAGCUCAUGAUCCGCAUUGGAAUAUUUUCUGUACUUUACACUGUACCAGCUAUUAUUGUAAUAGCUUGUUUAAUUUAUGAACAAGCAUACUUUGACAGUUGGAUGGUUGGUUGGAAUAUGGAUAUGUGUUCACGCCCUGGUCUUCAAUCAAUUUAUGCUAUUCCAUGCCCUAUUGGGGAUAGAGCAAGAGAUCUUGGAAGAAAACCAGAUUUUGAAGUAUUCAUGAUUAAAUACCUCAUGACAAUGAUAGUUGGUAUCACCAGCAGUUUUUGGGUUUGGUCAAGCAAAACUCUUACUAGCUGGCGUCAGUUUUUUCAUCAUAUUCAAGGAAGACGUACAAACGUAUACGUAUAGAAGUAGAAGACGAAAUCGAGGUUUGAUUGAAAUUUAACAAAGUGCUGAGCGCCUGAAAUACCUAGAAAUUGGUAACUAUUUGUUGCUAUAAAUAAUUCGUUUGCUGCUAGGCUAUAAUUGAAUUAAUUUGAGAAAAUUUAAUUCAAGCUUAACAACAAGCGUCGGUUUUCUAAACCUUAUAUUUUUAUUACAGUAAAACAUGACAAGAUACAAUUUUUUUCAGAAUUUUAUUAUGAAAGAAUUUUUACUUUAAAAAAUUCAAUUUAAAAAAUGAAACAAUUUUAUAUUUUUCGAAACUUGUAAAAUAGUUUUUGCACUGAUGUUAGGCUAAUAAUGUUUUUGAAGCAUACAGACGGAUGCAAUAGCUCAAAAGCAGUAAAAAAUUAGUUCAUUAAAAUUGUAACGGUUGAUUCUACCACUGGGAAUUGACUCUCUUAAAAAAAAAAAAAAAAAAAACGGAUAAUUGACCGAAGUUACUCUCAACACGUCCGAGUUCAUCAAUAUAUAUGUUUGAAUUUUGGACGAGCCUUGAUGUUCGUGUUCCUACAAAGUUAUGAAUAUGCGUUUUAUAAUUGAGCAAAGAUCUGAAAAUAAUUUGAAAAUGGACACUGCAGUUGUGAGUUUUAUUAUCUUUUCCGUGUAUAGUAAAUUUUGUGCCAAUUAA